AUGCCGCGAGACAAAAGUCGGUAUAGAGAUAGACGAAGUUCUUCAUACAGUUCCGAGUCAUCCUACGAUCGGAAAAGAUCAAAAAGUAAACACAAGCGUAGGUCAAGAUCGAGAGAUCGAUCGGAAUCAAGUAGCCAUAAAAGAAAACGGUCUACUUCAAGGUCCAGACACAAAAGAAGAAGUUACAGUAGAAGCCUGUCCAGGGAUAGAUACGAGUCGAAAUCUAGAAGACGAUCUUCAUCAAGACCUCGAUCGAAGCGGGAUCGCUCACGAUCGUUGUCGAGUAGCCGCAGUAAAACUAAGUACAGUAAGAAAAAAUCAAAGAGGUCGCGUUCUUCCAGCAGUCGGAGUGCCCGGAGUAGCUCUUUUGAUAUUGAGCGCUUACCACAAACCAAGAAGGUGAACCUAGAUGACACAGAAACUAAAUUGGAGAAGGCAAUCAAAGCUGCAGCCGCUGCAGGAUUGACUAUGACAAAAAUUCCCACUUACGAGUACAAGGAGGUUGAAAUCAAGGAGGAUAUGCCAACUAUACAUGACAGAAACCUUCUAGCCGAGUUGAACAGUGACUCGUUUGUUCAAAAAUCUUUUACUUCUUCAAAGAAUAAGAAGCAAACACAAAAUAUUGUGAUAGACUUAAACUCGCAGACAGUUACUGUACCUGAAGCGGAGAUAAAGAUUUCUAGUGAUGACUCUAUUAUUGAUUUUGAUGAAAUACCAAGUGAAGUAGAAUUAAGAGAGAUGUGGAUUCAACAACUCUACCAAUACAGAAAGAAGAUGGUCAAAGGAGAAUAA